AUGAAUCUCUUAAAUCCUCUAGUUAGUUUCUUUAUUCCGCAUUUUAUAAACGAUAAUCUUAUACUUCAGAUUCCAAAUAUCAUCAAUGCCCUGGCAAAUCUCGAAAGGCAGUACGUGGAACACAAGGAGAAAUUCGAAAAAUGGAAAGUCGACAAUGUGAAACAGCGUGGCAGUGAAACCUACAAUAGGUAUGUUGAGCAAUUCCAUCAGUGGGAAAUGAAUGUCAAAGAACAACAACGAUUGCUCAUUGACGAAAGGAAUAAUCUGGUCAAUUCAUCAGAUGUUGACGUUGCCCUCGGUUAG